CCUGGCGUCCCAGACGGCUGAGGGAGCCGCCGCAGCUGCAGGGGCCGCGCCGGGGAUGCCCAGCGCGGGCGCCGCCGCUCUUCUCCGCGCGCUGCUCGGCUGAAGGCGCACAGGGCUCAAUUACUGGAAUUGUCAACUCUGCCAAUUUAUGUGCACAUUUCUCUUCCACUAUGAGCAGACCAAUUGUAUUGCACAUUUGUCUGGCAUUCUGUGGCCUUCUACUUCUCAACGUUGCCACACAGUGCGUGGCCUUCCCCAAAAUGGGAAGAAGGGAGAUAGGACAUGGUCUUGCAGAAACAGGGCAGCCAGAGAGGAUGAACACAGAUGACCCAGAAAAUGACUCUGUUACUUCAAAGUGCACUCCCCAGUUGGUAGUCUCUGAAGACCCAAUGAUAGUGUUAGCGGGGCCGUCAGCAACAUCUUUAAAUAAAGUAUUUCCUAUUAACAAAGAAGCUCAUCCAGUAGGAACUGGGCUUAUGCAGCCUAAUAGUCCUGACAUUUACACUGCUACUGAGACAGUGAUCCCUGUGGAGGAGGAAGUGUUUGGGUCCAGCCAGCCAGAGAGAGUGUCUCCUGAAAGCCGACUCUCCAAGGCCAUGCUAACCAACCCUACUGCUGCAACCGCACCUCUGAACAUGGAUGAGAAGGAGGAACUCUUCAGUAGUACCCUCAUUCAGCCCAUUGCGGAAGGGACCACAGAAGCAACACUGGGUUUUCUGAAGCAUGUGGAUCAUCAGUUGUUUGCAACGGAAAGUCAGGAAAGAGUUAGUCUGGGACAUUUCCCUUCCUCUGAUGUGAAUACUAAAGAAAUGCUGACCACCAAUCCAAGGACAGAGAAGUUUGAAGCCGACGCAGAACAUAGGGCAACUCUUUUCCCUGGUGCUGAGCCCGCAGCAGGCAUGGCACCUGGAAGCCCCAUGCCUGAUAGGGAGAAGCCUUUGCAGAUGACAGCUGAUCAUACCCAGACUACCGCCACCAAGCACUGGCUCACAACCUCUGAGUACACCCUGAGUGUUGAGCCAGAAACUGACAGGCCGCUGGGAGCCCCAGGAGUCACAGUGAGUGUCAGCACUGCUGUUCCAGCUGCCUCUGUCAUAAGUGAUGAGUGGGAUGACACUAAAUUAGAGAGUGUAAGCCAGAUAAAGAUCCCAAAGCUUGGAGACAAUAUGGAGACCCAGGUGGGAAUGGAAACGUCUCAGACAGCCCGAGUAACAGAUAACGAUGCUAUAGAAGGUAUGGAAGAGGGUGAACCUUUGACAGAGGUUGCAGAUGUGGCUCUGGGGCUGCCAGAAGGGGAAGCCCACAUGGGGACAGCCCUGCUAAUGGCACCCGGGGAGGAGCGAUCGUCUGCCUUCACGGAUCAGAGUUCCUUUACUCCCACAAGUUUGAUGGAAGAUAUGAAAGUCUCUGUUGUAACCCUCUUCCAAGAUACUGCAGACUUCAUGGAAUCCACUAAGGAGAAUGAUGCUAUGUUUUUCAUAGAGACCACUGUCUCCAUCUCGGAAUAUGAAUCUGAGGCGCAUCAACUAUUGGGACAUACAUUGAAAGACAUCCUCACUCAAGAGAUGACAACAGUUGUUCAAGAAACAGAAGCCACUUUAUCACUGGUGACACAAGAGCAGCAGGUUUCUACCCUCGAGGUUACCAGAGAAAAUGGUAAGACUGAGGAAGGAGAAGAGCCCCCCUCCACCACAUCUGGUGUUCCUGACGUUACUCAGCUGUCGAGGAGAUGGGAGCCUCUGGCCACGACACUUUCCACUGCGGCCACGCCUCUGUCUUUUGAAGUUACUUCUGCUCUGGAAGAUCUAAUGGACACCAUCACAGGGCCAAAUGAGGAAUUGUUCACACCAGUUAUGGGCUCUCCAGUGACUCCGCCUGGAAUAUUGGAGGAAGCACCCAGCAUUUUCCCAGCACUUUCUGAUUCUGAGGCACCCUCUGAGACAAGAACCAUUGUUCCAUCCAUUAGCCAUGUUAAUACAGCUGCCUCAUUUGGCCUGGAACAACUUGAAUCUGAAGAGGGAGAAGAAGAUGAGGAUGAAGAGGAUGAGGAGGAGGAAGAUGAAGAAGAGGAAGAUGAGGAGGAAGAUGAAGAAGAUAAAGAUGCAGAGCCCCUGGAUGAGAGCUUGGAUGGUGAUGCUGAGCUGCUGGGGUUUACCCUCCCUGGCGUCACAUCUCAGGAACCUGGUUUAGAACAAGGAAACCUGGGCCCUUUGGAGGGAGCCACCUACCAGGUGCCAGACGCCAUCGAGUGGGAGCAGCAGAAUCAGGGCCUGGUGAGAAGCUGGAUGGAAAAACUAAAAGACAAGGCUGGCUACAUGUCUGGGAUGCUGGUUCCUGUAGGGGUUGGGAUAGCUGGAGCCUUGUUCAUCUUGGGAGCACUGUACAGCAUUAAGGUUAUGAAUCGGCGAAGGAGAAACGGCUUCAAAAGGCAUAAAAGAAAGCAGAGAGAAUUCAACAGCAUGCAAGAUCGAGUAAUGCUCUUAGCCGACAGCUCUGAAGAUGAAUUUUGAAUUGGAUGGGAGUUUAAUUGGGAUAUUCGACUGUGUUAUCAUUUUAUUUUUUAUUUCGGGGCAAAAAAAAGAACAGCAUCCUGCAACAUCACUACGGUCAGGCCAUCAGUCUUACUAUCUUCUGGGCAGUAGAUUUUUCUUGUACUGAGCUGAAAAGGCAUGCUGUAUACUUAAUGUAAUAGUCAGUGUUUGUUUUUCUUCUGUAGUGAAUUUCCCACAACCGUAGGCUACAACUCAUCAAUAUGCAGCGUUCAUGUCGCUCACCAGGAGUUGCUAGGUAAAUAAUUUGUAUUUUUCCAAAGGGCCUUUGCCUUGGUUUACCCGCACUAAGUAUAACGAUUAUUGCUGCCAAGGUAUGUUGGCUCUGAAAUAGAAAUCUUAACAAAGAAUAACUUGUGAUGACUGCAUUCUGCCUACUUGAAGCUAUAGGCUUCUGGGCCACAGUACAUCCUACAUUUGCAUCAAGACUAGCAGCAAGUUAGAAUGAAAUCUUUUUGUUGUUGUCAGGAAGAUCUCUCGACACAUUAGGAUUGUGUCUAGAUUUGUAUGUACCUUGCAUUAUAUACUCCAGUCUCCCAGUUUUAUUAUUUUUCAUCUUCUGUUUUUAUUCUCAUUCUUGGCAGGAAAAAAAAAGCACCAGAAAUAAUACAUUAAGUUGACUCUCAGUCUUAAUGCAAACUUGUUUUCUUAAAGAGUGCGAUUGAGCCCAACAGACCUAUCAGUAGAUUCUUACACGUCUUUCAUUAAGAGAUGUUCUCUUUUGUGUGUCAUUUGACUUUGCAAGAAGAAAUGAGGAAGAAAUCAGGACGAAAAUGAGGGUUGGUAAGCUCUCAGAGCAUUUAUCUCUGCCAUUUGGCUCUGUGCUUGUGUGGCCACUAUUGUGAAUUAUUCAGAGUGCUGCUUUUCUACUUCUGGGGUCCUGGCCACGCAAUGAUUGGGCCAGCACUGGUUCUUGCUUGGCUUUAUUAGACAACAGACAUCCUGUGGUGGAUGCAGGCUCAUUGGCCAGAGUCCUGGCACAUGAUGGAGCUUAUGAAAACCCAGCCUCUCUCAGGGCAUCCUCUUCCGGGGAUGUUGCCCUAUGUUAGAUCAUUUCUCAUUUCUUUUGCAAUGUAAUUCCUUGCCCUAUCUUUUGGAUCUGGGUAUUCGGGACUUCUUGAAGUCAAGUUUUUAGGGAUAGACUUGGCUCGUUUGCAUGGGGGAAUAAAGGUUACCACUAACACUGUCCUUAGUGCCUGACACAUAGAGAAUCUGUUCACGUUUGUUGGAGCUUGCUGUGCCGCAUUCGAGGCAAGUUGCAGUUAUUCCUCACAGCUACUGUAUGACGUAGGACAUAUGUUAUGACUUAGGACGUAUGUUUUUAUUCUCCCCGUUGAUUAAAGACAGAACUGAAGCAGAGAAAUGAAAUGAUCAUCCAAAAUUAUGCCCAGGAACAAUCAGGACAAGAGCCCACUUGGACUCAAAACUGUGCACCCCUCUCAUCAAUUCAGUGCCUUUCCACAUACUUUGCAGGAAGCAGUGACAUUUCAGAGUCCUUUAAAACCAGAAGUCCUUUAAAACAGGAAGCAGUGAUGUUUCAGAGUCCUUUAAAAACCAAGAUUCUAAGGAAAUACAGGAGACCCUUGAACAACAUGGGAUUGAACUGCACGGGUCCACUUAUACGUGGAUUUUUCAAUACAGUACUAUAAAUGUAUUUUCUUUUUCUUAUGAUUUUCUUAACAUUUUAUUUUCUAUAGCUUACUGAUUGUAAGAACACAGUAUGUAAAGCAUAUAAUAUGCAAAUUAUAUGUUAGUUAGCUGUUUAUGUUAUCAC